GUAAAGAGAAAUCCAAGACUGAGCAGCGACUAACAAUGGGAGAAAUCGACCCUGCUUUCAUCCAAGACCAAGAACACAGAGCCAAACUCUCACCCAUUGAAGCUGAAGGGAUUCCCUUGAUUGAUCUCUUGCCACUGACAACUUCACUUGACAACACUGACGGCCUCAUUUCUGAGAUACGUGAUGCGUGCCAAAACUGGGGAUUCUUCCAAGUGAUCAACCAUGGCGUGCCUCUGGAGAAGCGCCAGAGGAUUGAAUAUGCGGCUAGAAAAUUCUUUGCUCUGCCGUUGGAGGAGAAGAGGAAGGUGAGGAGAGAUGAGGUGCAGGUUUUGGGGUACUACGACACGGAACAUACUAAGAACGUUAGGGACUGGAAGGAAGUUUUUGAUCUGGGUGUGGACGAUCCGAUUCGGGUUCCAGCAUCCACUGAUCUUGAUGAGAAGGAAGUAAUUGAGUGGCAUAAUAAGUGGCCUGAAUACCCACCAGAAUUAAGGGAGGCAUGCGAAGAAUAUGCAGAGGAAGUGAGUAAGUUAUCCCACAAAUUGCUGGAACUCAUUGCCCUGAGCCUAGGCUUACCGGCAGACAGGUUUCAUGGCUUCUUCAAGGAACGAACAACCUUCAUCAGACUCAAUCAUUACCCACCCUGCCCUGUUCCUCACCUGGCUCUCGGUGUCGGCAGACACAAGGAUUCUGGUGCUCUGACUGUUCUUGCUCAGGACGAUGUUGGCGGACUAGAAGUGAAGCGGAAAUCAGAUGGAGAGUGGAUUGGGGUCAAGCCCACACCAAAUGCUUAUAUCAUCAACGUUGGGGACAUCAUUCAGGUUUGGAGCAAUGAUAUGUACGAGAGUGUGGAGCAUAGGGUGAUGGUGAACUCCGAGAGGGAAAGGUUUAGUAUUCCAUUCUUCUUCAAUCCAGCUUCUUACACAAUGGUGAAGCCAUUGGAAGAGCUGAUCGACAAGCAGAAUCCAGCGAGAUACAUGGCGUACAGCUGGGGAAGGUUUCUUGCUACUAGAACAAGCGGUAACUUCAGGAAGCUUAAUGUGGAGAACCUCCAAAUCCAACAUUUCAGGAUAUCAGAUUCAAAGUUAGCAACUGCUUAGAAGGGUAACAGAAGUCCAUCAUCAUGUGAGUGAAUAAUUCCAUGCUUCCUUUGAGAUUGAGUUGCCCCUGCCUGGUUUAAAAGAAAAUGUUAUGGUUAUAAAUAAAUAAUGGACAACAGAAUUAUGUAUGAUGUAAUUUUAGCGGGAAAAUAAAAUGCAGUUAGUCAU